CUUAAUUAGAAACAAGAGAGAGAAAGAGGGUUAGGCGAAGAGAGGAAAGAAGCCAGACGACCAGCGGCAGCGAUUUGAAAUCUCCGAUUUCAUUCGCUGGCCGUGGAAACGACGUAGCGCGCAAGAAGAAAAAUGGUGUUUUUAUGUUUUGGCCGUUUCGUCGUUGAGGUCUGAGAGGUUUGAGGAAGAAGAAGAAUAAGAUUGCAAUGGCGAAGAAGCAAAGCGGUCAUGUCCACAAUGCUCCUUCCCACGACGACAUGAUCAUGUUUUCUUCUCAGGAUCCUAAACCCAAGAGGAUAUACCAGCUCUGGCCCGGUAACAAUACAUUUUGUUGCGGAGGGAGACUAGUCUUUGGUCCAGAUGCAUCUUCACUUCUUCUCACCACAGCUAUGAUUGGAGCUCCUGCCCUCACUUUCUCCAUUCGAAUGGCUUUCAUGAUCGCAAAGAGCUCUCCUCUGUUCCACUCUCUUAUUAUGAUUGGUUCCCUUUUGCUCACUAUCUUGGACUUCACAUUCCUCUUCUUAACUUCAUCAAGAGACCCUGGGAUCAUCCCAAGAAACAAAGAAGCACCUGAAGCAGAAGCAGAAGCUAUUGACAUUCUAAGUAACACAAAGUUACCUAGAACCAAGGAUGUACUAGUGAAUGGCUACACAGUCCAAAUCAAAUUCUGUGAGACUUGUUUGCUUUACCGUCCUCCUCGCGCUUCUCACUGCUCAACAUGUAACAACUGUGUCCAAAGAUUUGAUCAUCACUGUCCAUGGGUGGGACAAUGCAUCGCUCUAAGAAACUAUCCUUACUUCAUAUGUUUCAUAUCAAUUUCAACACUCCUCUGCUUGUACGUAUUUGUCUUCUCAUGGGUUAGCAUGCUUGAGGUACACGGCGAGAUGUUGUUAGUGGUCAUCAUGGAUGAUACAGUAUUUAUUGUUCUCAUCAUAUACUGCUUCAUCGUUGUCUGGUUUGUCGGUGGGCUCACUGUCUUUCACCUCUAUCUUAUCUCCACCAAUCAGACAACUUAUGAGAAAUUCCGGUACCGUUAUGACAAGAAAGAGAACCCUUACGGAAAGGGUCUAUUCAAGAACCUGUUUGAGGUGUUCUGUUCAAGAAUAUCACCUCCUAUGAUUAACUUUAGAGACUGGGCUCAAGAGGAACCUGAUGUGGAGGUUGGAUCCAUUGCAUCUGAACUAGACAGAGCCUUUGGACCAAGGGGAGAUAGAUAUGAUAUGGAAAUGGAAAUAGGCGAUCGUAAGAAUAGUAAAGGUGGCUUGCGUCUCAAGACACUGGACAACAAUAUUGAAGAAACUUUGAAGAAGAAAAGUUUAGGUGAAGGAACGGCCAAGAAGACCACCCCUACGUUUAAAAUCCCUGGAAAAUCGAGCGUUGAUGUGAGAUCGAGAUAGGACAAAAUGCUUAAUUACUUGUUGUAAAGUAACUCUUUAAUUCUGAAAGCCAUACACUUCUGUCUUCAAACGAGUAAUAUACUUUCAGGAUCAGAGAAAAGUGUAGGAUAAGAAAUCAAAUGUAGUCUAUGUAAAAAUGGAAUGUUGUUUCUUGCGUUACACUGUUCUUCAAGAACAGUUUCUUGAU